UAGGGACGCCCACCGUGGCAAGUACGGGCAAGAUAUGUCUCAAAGAUCUAGUAAGCUACUAACUAGCUAUAUUUUUUAACUAUGCACAUUACUGUCCCGUCAAAAUACUAAAUAAUUUAGCUAUCUAGUGUUAAGUUAGCUAACCGUUAACUUACUGCCUGACCAAUGUCUGUGCCAGAGAGUGAAGAGACUUGUCUUACUAGCUAGCUUGUCUGCCUGUGCUUUAGCUAGCUACAGCUUGCCACAAUGCUUUUUGAUGAUGGCUUCAACUUCUACAGCUGACAUAAAAGUGUGGCAUGAGGGCGACAGAUGCCUCUCUCCCAGCCCCAGAGAUGGCACCCUACUACGAGAGGGGACAAUCCAGAAACUCCACUCCACAUCUCAUGGUGAGGACAUGGCAUUGGUGAAGUUCACAGAUCAACAUGAUGAAGAUGAAGAAGAGGAGGCAGUCUUUCCAGUCUGUAAACUCCAGAGAUCAGACACAAACCAGUCCUCUACCAGUGUAGUGUCUGCCCAGGAGAAGCCUCUAUUCCUCAGCAGCCAGACACCCCCCGGUCCAUCAGAGCCCUUUGUGUUGUCACAGAGUGGUGUGGCAGUCCCAUAUACCAUCAACAGGUACCUGAGGUACUACCAGAAGGAAGGGAUCCAGUUCAUCUAUGACAACUAUGCCCAGUCCAGAGGAUGUAUCCUUGGAGAUGACAUGGGCCUGGGCAAGACCAUCCAGGUCAUUGGUUUCCUGGCUGCUGUGCUGGGUAAAACAGGGACAUGGGAAGAUAUUGAGAAGAACAGGCCUCAGUUUCUUCUCACUCAGGUCCCCACCGAGCAAUGCAAACCCCAAAAGGUGUUCCUGAUUGUGGCCCCUCUGUCGGUGCUGUAUAACUGGAAAGAGGAGCUGGAGACGUGGGGUCACUUCCGGAGCGUGGUGGUCCACGGUCUGAGGAAGGAGGAGGAGCUGGCUCGCAUCAGGAGGGGACGCUCUGAGAUCGCCCUCACCACCUACGAGACCCUACGCCUCUGUCUGGAGCAGUUUAACAGCAUUGACUGGUCUGCUGUGAUAGUGGACGAGGCCCACAAGAUCAAGAACCCUAACUCCCAGAUCACUGGGGCAAUGAAGGAGCUGAGGUGUCAGGUCAGAGUGGGCCUCACUGGCACCAUCCUGCAGAACAACCUGGACGAGCUCUGGUGUGUCAUGGACUGGGCCAUCCCUCGUUGCCUUGGCAGCCUGGGUAACUUCAAGAAUACGUUUUCGGACCCCAUUGAACUGGGGCAGAAGCACAGCGUAACUAAGCGGGCCCUAGCGAUGGGCAGGAGGGCGGUCCGGGCCCUGGCCAGGAAGCUCUCCCACUGGUUUCUCCGGAGGACCAAGGCUCUUAUCAGAGAGCAGCUGCCCAAGAAGGACGACAGGGUGGUGUACUGUUCGCUGACGUCGUUCCAGCAGACGGUGUACCAGGCGGUACUGGACACGGAGGACGUCACUCUGCUGCUGCGCUCCUCAGAGAAGUGUGACUGUCACAGCGGACGCUCCCGCCGGAAGUGCUGCUUCAAGGUGAAUGCUAGGGGUGUGCGUGUGACAGACCUGUACUUCAGUUACUUGGCUAUUCUCAGGAAGGUGGCCAACCACGUGGCUUUACUGCAGUCUAAGUGGAACACCAGCAAAAAACAGGAGCAGUAUGUGAAUGAGAUCUGUGAGAAGGUGUUCCAGAAGUUCCCUGACUUCACAGAGAGAUGCAAGCAGGCAGCAUUCGAGGCCAUGUCAGACCCCAUGUACAGCGGAAAGAUGAAGGUUCUACAGAGGUUGUUGAAACAUUACGUGCAGAGAAAAGACAAAGUACUGUUAUUCUCGCUCUCCACUAAGCUGUUGGACGUGCUGGAGAGCUACUGCAUGGCAGAGGGGCUGGAGUAUAGCAGACUGGACGGCAACACCAAGUCCAGAGAGAGGCUGAAGAUCGUCAAAGAGUUCAACAGCUGCCCUGACAUCAACCUCUGCCUGGUCUCCACAAUGGCAGGGGGUCUGGGCCUGAACUUUGUAGGGGCCAACGUUGUGAUCCUGUUUGAUCCCACCUGGAACCCUGCCAAUGACCUGCAGGCAAUUGACAGGGCGUAUCGUAUAGGCCAGUGCAGGGACGUGACAGUGUUCAGACUCAUCUCUCUGGGAACAGUGGAGGAGGUCAUCUACCUGCGCCAGGUCUACAAACAGCAGUUGCAGUCUUCUGUGGUGGGUAAGGAGAGUGCCCGACGGUACUUUGAGGCAGUGCAGGGGACCGACGGCCAGAAGGGGGAGCUUUUUGGGAUACAGAACCUCUUCAGGCUGCAGACCCAGGGGACCUGCCUCACCAGGAGAAUACUGGAGCGGGAGGGACGAGUGGAGGUAGGAGUAAUGACGGCCAGCACACACACAGGGGAAGAGGAGGAGGAGGAGAGGAAGAGCGAGGCUGGGGAGGUUUCCGCAAGGGACCCCUGUGAACUGGGCAAUGGAGGGGUGAUCGGCAGUGUAGGGGCCUCGGGGACCCCCAGGGGAACACCCAGGGGGGUACUGGACUUCAGCAGUGGCAGUGAGGAGGACGAGGAGGGGGGACGGGGGGGCAGGAGUAAGGUGCAGGAGAAAGGGAACACCUCUACCCCUCCUGGCCGACUCAGUCUCCUCCAGCAUGGCUUCUCCAGGCUGCUCCAGAGGUCAGGGUUCAGGGCUGGGUCCGGGUCAGAAUCAGGAGAGCAUAGCCAGAGUGAGGGGGGAAGGAGUGAUUCUGAGGAGGACAGGGAUGAAGACACUUCUGCCAUGGCACCAAAGGGCCCCAGCACCGCAGGGAGUGGGGGCCCCCAGAACCCUACAUUGGCCCCCAAGGGUGGAAACCACCUGGAUGCAGCUCCUCUGAAGAAUGACUGGGACGUCUCCAGUGGCUCUGAGAGAGAGGAAGAAAGGAAUGGAGGGAGAGAGGAUGGACGGAGGGGGCGAGACCAUGGUCCUGUUGCACUGUCAGGAGAGAGUGAUGACAUGGGGAGAAAAAGACCAAAUCUGAAACAAGGAAUACAUCUGAGGAGGGUGGAGGACGACAGUGAUGAAGAUUCACCCCCCUCCAACGGAGGCAAACGAUCUAACACUAAAACUCCAGUUCCCAGAAGGCACCAGGUGGUGCUUGACUCUGAGUCUGAGGAUAUUGACAUAGACAUUGAGGUGCUGACGAGACCUGGUGCACAAACCCAUGUGCUUAAGAGACCCCCCGCACACCUGAGAAGGAGGGCGAUGGGGAGAGAUGGUGGUAGUAAGAGAGAGACCAGCAACAGACCAGUAGACCAGAGCAGAAGAACCAGACAAACAGAGGACAUAGAGACCUUCACCUCCUCAGACGAAAACCACACUCCAGUCAAAAGAGUCCGAUCUGUUACAGCCCCACAGAACCACAAUCAUGGCCCAGACCCACAGAGAGACAGACAUGGAGCGGGGACGUUUACAGGUCUGAAAAACCCAAACGCGAACCAGACUGUCCCUUCUGCCAAAGGACUGCCCUGUGGAACGAUUGACAAUGUGUUAGGUGGUGUACAGGAGGUGGUUUACACCCACUCUAACCAACAUGUGGUGGGCGGGAGCAAGGCCGAGGAGCGAAUCAGCAGAGCCGCUCUCAGAGACGUGUUUGAACGCAGGAAGUACUCCCAGCUUCCAGCCAAUGAACUCUGGGACACACAGGAGACCCAGCCCAAACACACUCCACCGUUCCAUACUUCCCAUAAUGAUGUUGGUUUGGUGGGAGCAGUGCAGAGGGUUGUGCACAGACCUAGUGUGGACCACCCAGUCUCACACACCAUCAGGAGCGUCCACCACCCCACCCGACACACCACCGUCAUCAUCGGAGAGACCCCCGGAACCAUCCGAAGGCAGCAGCUGGAGGAGAUGGCGUGUGUAUUUGGAUCCGGUUCAUUGAGACAGUUUGCUGAGGAGGUUCUGAGGAGUACCUCUGCCCAGAGACUGGCUCAGCUACGACAGUACUACAUUGACCAGGGCCCUGAGCUGGCUUCCAUCAUCAGGGAGAACUUCGCAGAACCACACACAGCCCAGCCCAAAGUUGACAGGACAGCCUCAAAGCCUUCCUCCUCCUCUACAGCCAAACACAGACCCAGCUCCAAAAGGAACCAGAGAGCUGCUCUAGAACCCCAAGCAGAGCCUAGAACCCCACAUAGGUCCGUUGCAGAACCCCAGAGGGAUGUUCCCUCUCCUGAGGAGCAGGAGAAGCAGGGGGUCCGGAACGCCAGAGGAAGGAAGAAGAAGAGUGGUAAUAGUGGAACGUCCAGAGCUGCUCAGUGCUCCAGCUCAGACCUGGACAACAGUAAGAGUAGUCUUCUGGGACCUGGGGCCUCUGGAGCUCAACCUGUUUCCUCCUCCUCUUCUUCAGCUCUCAGCCAUCCCCAGGCUAAGCCCACAGCCAGCCCCCAGGGAGGGAGGAGCGGCCUGCUGUCCUCCCCCAGGAAGAUUGAGGCUGUGGGGAGGCAGCGGUACAGAGCCCAGCCUUCCUCUCCUCCUCCGUCGCCCCCCAGCCAGCAGGUCCUCCUCACAGAGCUGCUAGGAGACACCUCCAUCCUGGACGACCUGCUGCGACCCAGAAGCAAGGCCCCCUCAGAGCCUCAGAGGGGCUCUACAAAAACCCCUACCUCACGGGCUGUCUUUACACCCACUUCUCACUCUGCCACACCUGCCUCCUGCCACCCUAGAACACCUCCCAAACCGCCCAGCACACCCCGCCCUCGGCCCCUCACAACACCCGUUCCAGGCCCUUCUUCUACUACUACAACCCUGUCUCGAUCCAUCACCACACCCAUCACACACCCCAUUACACCACUUUCCUCUCUAGCCCCCGAGAGGUCAAAGAAGAGCCGUAGAGACUUCUGGGACAUUCUGGAGGAGGGCAACGAGGAGAGGAUCAACAAACUGACGGACCUGUCGGAGGUUGAGAGGGUAUGUGAGAGCACUAGCGUCAGGGCCAGAGGAGGAACAGGGGGAGGAGGAGGAGGAGAGGAGAGAGGGAAUAUGUCACUCUGGAAGAGGAAUGAUAAGUUCCUGUGGAAGAAAUGAUUCUGGGGGAGAGAUGACGACAUGCAAAUGUAUUUUGCUUUCGACUUUUAUUAUUCUAUGCUUUUUUCAAUGUGUUUUUUAAAAUGAAAAAUUAAACACUUUUAACAAAUGUUAUAGUUUUGGUUACUGGAACCUGUCCUGAAAUUAUAGAUAGAUAAAUACUUGUGUGUGCGAGAAGUCAACAGUGUAGACAAACCAUGUGUGUGCGUGCUCAUGUAUGUUUGUGCAGGAUGGAAAUGUGCGUUGUAAUUCAGAAAAGUAAUGCCAUGUGCUAUUGACUUGGGCCAGGCAUGGUCUGACUGUCAGUGGUGGUAGCCCAAGCUGUCUGCUGAACUCAUUAGUGACCACCAGCCUGAGGAUCUCAUGUCUGCCCACUUACAUGGCAGGACCCUUGGUGGUCUUAACAAAAAUAUCCCUUUAAAUUAGACACUACCUGUCAUUUCGAGGCCCAAAUCCACCCAUACUCCCCCUCUCGCUCACUCAGUCAUUCACUCAGUCUAUCUGUCUCUCUGUCUUCCGCAGUAAAAAGUGUAAUCCUUUAGCCUAUUUCAGGGCAAGGCUUUGACUAGUUUGCCUAUAUAUUAUUUCUCACUAGACGGUGUGUAUGGGAAGUGGGGCAGGGCCUGUGGUGGGUGCCUGUCUGGGCGCUCCCUCCCGCCUCAGUACUCUGUAAUGUGAUAAGCUGUGGUUGGGCUCAGCUCUCCUUCUAAUGGCCUCAGAGUGGAGGCCGCUACUGCACCAUUAGAGCAUUAGCAAUUCUCUUCUGAAGGUAAAAGGGAGGCUGAGAAAAGAGCUGCUGAAAUGAGAAAGUGCUGAUAGCUAUCAAUAAACAACGAGACGAAUACGUGCCUCAACAGAACACUCAGCUCCGCCGCCAAAGCUGUGUGUGUAGCCCUUCUGGGUGGUAGAAGGUGCACACAGACAGACCACACAUCUGCCACACCUGUUCAAAUCCGAGACUGAGGAGAAUAAAAAGCCCCUUAUCUCUCUCCCCCUCAAACUCACGCCACAAACUAAUUCCCAUUUACCUCCCUCCCCUCUUUGCUCAGUCUGGUUCAAGUGCAAUGACAGUCAGGCUUAAGGCUUUAGAAAUGUAGAAAUGCACUAAAUGACUGUAAAGAAUUAGACACCUAUGCAGUACAUCAUGCCCCAAUGAUUCCCAAUGUUGUCCUGUCUAAAAGCUAUCUAAAAGGAUUCCAGCGCUUCAGUGAUGUGAGGAAUACAAACCGAGUGCUGUUCUGUCCUCUCUGUGGAUGGUUGUCAUUAAAUAAAAACAGGUGGAACAUG